GCUUAGGGUAUUGGGGUCAGGGUGGCAUUAGCCCAGCUCAAGCCGGGCUGGGCUGAUUCAGCAUGCUGCGCCAGCCAGCCCUCAUCCCCGACAGCUCUGCACUCCCCUGGGCAGAGAUGGGAGAUGGCGCCGGUGUUGCCCCUGGUGCUGCCCCUCCAGCCCCGCAUCCGUCUGGCGCAGGGGCUCUGGCUCCUCUCCUGGUUGCUGGCACUGGCCGGUGGCCUCACCCUCCUCUGUAGCGGGCACCUCCUGGUCCAGCUGAGGCACCUUGGCACCUUCCUGGCUCCCUCCUGCCCGUUCACCGUCUUGCCCCAGGCUGCCCUGGCAGCGGGCGUAAUGGCUCUGGGCACAGGACUGGGUGGUGCAGGAGCCAGCCGGGCAAGUCUGGAUGCAGCUCGAUACCCUCCCUGGCGAGCGAUUCUGAGCCCACUGCUGGUGGCUGGCACUGCUAUAGGCGGGGGACUCCUGGUCCUUGCCUUGGGGCUAGCCCUGGGUUUGCCUGGGACUCUGGAUGUGGGGCUGGAGGAGGGCCUGAAGACUGCGUUGGCUCACUACAAGGACACAGAGGUGCCCGGGCACUGUCAUGCCAAACGGCUGAUGGAUGAGCUGCAGCUGAAGCACCACUGCUGCGGGCGCCAUGGGUACAAAGAUUGGUUUGGGGUCCAGUGGGUCAGCAGCCGUUAUCUUGACCCCAGUGACCAGGACGUGGUUGACCGGAUCCAGAGCAAUGUGGAAGGCCUAUACCUGACUGAUGGGGUCCCCUUCUCCUGCUGCAACCCUCACUCACCCCGGCCUUGCCUACAAAGCCGACUCGCAGACCCCUAUGCCCAUCCCCUCUUUGAUCCCCGACAGCCCAACCUAAACCUCUGGGCCCAAGGGUGCCAUGCGGUGCUGCUGGGGCACCUGCAGAGCUUGGCGAGCACACUAGGCAGCAUGCUGGCUGUGACUUUCCUGCUGCAGGCUCUGGUGCUCCUCGGCCUGCGGUACCUGCAAACAGCGCUGGAGGGGCUUGGCGGGGUUAUCGAUGGGGAAGGAGAGACCCAGGGCUAUCUCUUUCCGGGUGGGCUGAAAGACAUGCUAAAAACAGCAUGGCUGCAGGGAAGGGCUGCCCACAGGCCAGCACCUGAGCAGGCCCCACCAGAAGAGGCACCUCCUAAGGAGGAUAUACCUGAGGCCUAGUGGCCUGGAGCUUGGGG